AUGCUCGAUCUUCCUCACUUUGUCUCACAUGUCCUCACAUUCUUUGCCACAUCUGAUGGGAUUGUUAAUGAAAACCUCAUUGAACAUUUCUCCAAUGAGGUCCAGGCCGCUGAGGCCCUGUGCUCUUACAGCUUCCAAAUCAUGAUGGAGAAUAUUCACUCAGAGACCUACUCACUCCUCAUCGACACUUACAUCAAGGACCCCCAGCAACACGAAUACCUGUUUGACGCCAUGGAGACUAUUCCAUGUGUCAAGUGCAAAGCUGACUGGGCAAUCCAGUGGAUCUCUGAUCAAUGUGCCACCUUCGCUGAGCACUUGGUUGCCUUUGCUGCCGUCAAAGGCAUCUUCUUCUCCGGUUCCUUCGUGUCCAUCUUCUGGCUCAAGAAGCACUCGGAGACCUACUCACUCCUCAUCGACACUUACAUCAAGGACCCCCCAAUGCACCCUGACACUGUCAAGUGUAUUAUUACUCAGGCUGUUACCAUCGAGCAGGAGUUCCUGAUGGAUGCUCUCCCUGUUGGCCUCGUUGGUAUGAACACCGAGCUCAUGUGCCAGUACAUCGAGUUCAUUGCAGAUCGUUUUCUGGGCCAUGAUGAGGGUAUGCACACUGACUUUGCAUGCGUGCUCUUUAGCCACCUCAAACAUCGUCCACACCCUGACACUGUCAAGUGUAUCAUUACUCAGGCUGUUACCAUCUGA